AUAAAAGGAUUUUGACAGGCUGGUACUUUGUGAGCUUCCAGAGAACAGUCUGUUCAAACCCUUGGCCGGAAAACGCAUGUACUUUUCAGUGGACAAACAUCUUUACAGCACAACCUUCAUUCCAUGUCUGUCAAGGGCUCUAUGAAAUGCCCCUUGCCUCCAUCCAGCCCCACAACCCUGGAGGCCAAGGUUGAUGACCUACGAUUUAAAGUGGAGCAGCUCCUCUUGAGCCCAGGGAGAAGUUGCCCCAUGUGUGGGACCUGCGUUCAGCACAGCACACUGCAGGAGACUGUGACCAGCCAGCUGUCAGCUCAGACCAGACAUCUGGAUUCUCUUGAAAAGAAAGUCAUAGAGAUGAGAACAGCUCUGGAGGAACUUGCAAGUGGUCUGGAGGACAGACUGUGUGAGAGAGUGUCUGUGCCUUUAGUGGCUCUACAGAGACGGAAAUCACUGCCUGUUCGAACCUCUGCAGAGGAAGUCUAUGUUUGCUUGGGCGGAGACCGUAAAAUGGUGCCACAUGCUUUUAAUAUGCCUUCGGAGAAAGGUAUUUUGCUAGAAAUCAAUGAAAACAAUUGUACGAUAAGAGAGGACCAUCAAUCUAAAAAAGAUUCAACAAAUGUCAAAGUUCAACAGGAGCCUAAAUUGCAAAUCAAGGGAGAAAAGGAAACAUCCACUGUAAUCCCAAGAUCGAAUCUAUCUCAUCAUCAAACACAGAAAAUGAAUACGGUUGAAAAAAAGAACAUGCCAACAAACCAGAAUGAUGUCUCGAAACUCAUCAUUGCUGCGUCAGUGGUGACCCAGAGGACUCCAGGUAUUGCUCCACUAAAGACAGAAGCCCAAGACGACAGGAAGGUGUCACCGCCAAACACCAAAACGCCUAUUCCUGUGACAAAGAUUGUGGUUUUGCCCGACACAAUCGGACCGAAGCAUACUGAAGCAGUGAAUGUAACCCUACCAAAUCAUACCGUACCGAAAACAACUGGACUGGUUGCUCCAUUAAUGCCUCAGUGUACAGCUUCACUGGUACCCAACAAUCCUCCCAGUGUCCCUACAGAUGCAACACCAAUCCAAACAUUUCCCAAAACAAGUCUGGGUCCUCCUGUAGCAACUGCGCAGAGUUCUGGAAAAUCAUCAGUAAAUAAACCCACAACAAAAACAUCAUCACAAGAUGCAACAUUGUUACCGCCAAGCCACAAACUGCCAAAAACAAUGGGUUUGAAUGUUACUACAGCCACAAAAGAGGCUUUCGCGCUCAGACAAGUGCACAGCUGCCCUAAUUCCCUACAGAGAUUACAAGUCACUGGAGGAAAAGCAGAUUUGGUCCACACGGUAUCAGCACCUCUGGCUAAGAAAACGACUGAAGCAGUUGGAGCAGCAAACCACAUUUCAGGUGGAAUACAGAUUAAAAUAACUCCAGCUACAGACAAGAAUUUAGUACAGAUGAAGAGCCAUAACCCUCCUGUUAAAUUAUUGAAAUAUUAA